AUGAAGACCUUGGAAAAGUCCUGGACCUUGAUUGAGGAUAAGAAAGUCUCAAAAGAACAUAUCAGAUUCAAACGAAUCUACAUCAACAUACUUGAGAAACAUGUUUUGACCCCGCACAUGUUAAUAGAUAGUUAUGUUGCCAAGUGUUCUGAGCUUUCCAUGAUCAUCAAGUUUUGGUCAUAUCUAUUUGAGCAAUAUUUCUCCCAGGCAUCAUUAUUUUUACAAUGGGGAGAUACCAUCUCUGAUGAAUGCAAGCGUAUGUCACUUGAUUUCAAGCUUGAUAUACGUUUUUAUUCAACAACGAUACCAAAAAGCUGGAUAUUUGGAACGGCGAAUUUGCGAACCAAAGGUAAAUAUUAUCAUGACAAUGCCAAGGCAGUUUUGACUGACAAGUAUCAUUUGAAUUACCUAGUUAAAACUUUGCCGCAAAUUCCCGUCCGGUCUAUCAAGGCUCUUGAAAUCCCAAUUGUAAUGGUUAUGGGUAUCGACUGUCAUGUGUUUAUCUUGGCUUUAAUUGAUAAGAACGAUUAUCUUUUGGAAAAGAAAGACAUAAUUGAUAACACUUUGGCCAUUUACAAUGAUUACUCGCGUAACAUAUGUGAUGCUAUUAAUAAAAUUGACAAGCCUAAACACUCAGAAAAACAAAGUAUAGUCUGUGAGUGGGUAUCAUCGGUAGUUUUAGAUGAGGAAGGUUCCGUGUAUGAAGAUGAUGAUGAGGGAGAGACAGAUGAUGGAGAGUUUAAUGAUAAGGAAGAAGAAGAUGAAGAAAAUAAUGACCAAUAA